CAUUCAAACGAAUAAUAGUUUGAAGUAGGCUGAAUAACCAAAUUUUCGCUCGCUACCAACUUCAUGAUCAUCAUCAGAUCUAUUUGUGAAAAAACCGUUCUUGGCGUCUUUUAGUUUGCGUGCGAAAAAAAGCUUUUUCUCUCAUAAUUUUUCACAAAAUAUUGAAUUGAAAUAGAAAUAGUUGCGGGUAAAAUCACUCAAGAAUGGAUGUAAAUUGCGAAAAUGCAGAAAGAAACGGAGCAGCUAAUAAUUCAAUGAAUAACACUACAUCUCCGGAUGAGUCAACCCUUUACUUCUCCAUGAAUUCUUCCGGAGACUUGGGAGACCUUGAAAAGACGAUGGAGAUUGAAAAUGCAUCAGAGCCGCAAAUAUCUGUUGAAAUCCCGGAUUUUUCACUCACGGACCCGUUGGCGAUUUGCGAUAAAUUCCUCCAGAAGAAUGCUGCAUCCUUGAUGUCUUCCACUCCCAAUAGAAUUCCAUUAAUGACGAAUGAACUUCAUAAACCAUCGCCUCCUGGUGAGACUGAGAUGACACCAAAGCCAGAGGAGGAUAAAACUCUUGAAGAGAAGAAUGAAGAUGAGUCGACAAUGAACAAUGAUGAUUCCCUCAAAAAUGUCUCAACACAGGUCAAUGUGUCUCUCAAGCAAUACUCUGAGAUUUAUGUCAAGACAGACAAGGUAUUUGAGGCAAACACCGACGAAGCUUCUUCCCAGGAAGCAGAAGGAAUAACUGAAGUUGAAGAAUACAGCAUUAUACGUUUGAAAGAGGACUUGAUUAAAAUUGUAAUUGAUGAAGAAAUCCCCGAAGAGGUUUCAUCUUCUUAUUUGGAGGAUAAAACUGCAGAAACUGAAAUUUCCAAGGAAGUGACUGAAGAAAAUCCAAUGAAGGAAGAUAUUCAGAACGCGGAUACCAAGAACGACAAUCUAGAUCAUGCUAGCCUCGAUGGAGUUGAUAAUAUUGAUGCCGAGAAGACUCCUACAGAAGUCGCAACAAAUAGCCAUGAAGGUUCGGAAGUUGAUGAGGCUGGCGAGAAAAUCCACGACAAAUUGGACGAAGACAAGGAGAAUGUCAAAGGCAACAAUAUGAAGAAACAGAGAAGGCGUUCAAAGAUUGCCGUUUCUACGAGUAACAAGGAACAAAAGGUCACGGGAAAACAAUCACUAAUCAGAAGAUCGAUCCUAAAGACUGAUGUGAGGUCACCGGCUAAACCAGCAAAGACAACGCAGUUCAAUGUACCCAAGAGGAGCUCUCUAUUGCCUAAAAAUCUUCCGGGGAAUCAGAAGCGUCAAACUAUUGGACUAGUGGCUAAAGUAUCUGCUCCACCAGCUAAACCGAAGCUUCUUGCUCCUGCUAAAGCUGCUGAUCCGCCUAUGCAGAAAAAGAGACAAACUCUUAUGCCGAACAUUGGAAAUCCUUCGGGAAGUAGCAAGAGAUCUCCCAAGGGGAGACAAACUCUUCUUCCAAAUGUGCCUAUUCGUGAAAAGCCUUCAGAGAGUGGAAAGAGAUCACCAAAGGCAAGACAAACUCUCGUUCCAAGUCUUGCAAAACCUCCCAAAAGCGGAAAGAUAUCCCCAAAGGGGAUUCUAACUACAAAGACAGCGCCUGUUGUUAACAAAUCACCCAAAUUCUUGCAUCCUAAGGAUAUCAAACCUGUCUCAGUCAAUACGUUUGAAUGCAAAGUGUGCAAAAAGAAGUUCCGCACGAAUUUGAUCCUCGAAACGCACAUGAAAACACACAAAGAUACCGCCAAAGGUGGCUUUCUCUGCAAGUACUGCGAUCGUCGCUUCGACAUCAAGCAUGGACUGGAGAAUCACAUUAACAGGUACUGCUCGAAAAUUCCCGUGGGUGAGAAGAGACGAUUGCUCGAGGAAGAAGCUAAGAAUAACGCCCUCACACCGCGGACAAAGCGUUGGAUUGCUAGCAAAGGCUCCGAUGUUGCAUCCAACUCUUCGGCAUCGUCAAACAGUGAUCUCAUGACUCUACUCAAGCACUCACCCGGGUCACAGGGAAGUAAGAGGAGGAGCGUUGCAUUUUCCGGGAUCAGUGCCACCCCAAACAGGACCAUCAAGUGCUAUCAGUGCCUGAAGGAGUUCUACGAUGUCUUUGAGUUUUCUGAUCAUAUUGCAGAUCACGUAGCAAAUUAAUCUGAUUCUGAGAUAUUUUGUUUUCCAUUUUCUUAUUCAUUGUAAUUACAAUUAUAUUUUUGGGAGAUAAGAAUAAUAAAAAAAAAAAUUAUGAAGUAA